GGUAUCAGAAGUAAACCCUGCUUGACCUCAGUUAACUGACCACAACAACAAGAUAUUUAUCUUUGGACACAGUGAAGGAGAACAGGAGGAAAUAUACUCGGUGUUUUUAUCCCCGAGGACGGACGGGUUAUAUAUUCAUUGUAUGUCCAGACGAGGAGGUAGCAAUUCAUUGUAAGCUGGCAAAGGGUAUAUUGUCAGUAUACUUUGUAUCCUUGGGACUGGUUUAUACUAAGGCCAGUACUACAAGUUUUACAUCUCCAUAAGGCACAGCCUUCUACUAAAGAUUUGAGAGACACAAAUUCAGUAUACUAAGACCAGAACUAUUAGUUCUAUGCCACCAAAAGGCCUAGACCUUUACUUAGGAUUAUUCAGUUUAUUGGGCAGCUUGUUACAAUUUCGUAUUCAGGAAGUACAAGUCAUGAUAAUUUCACUUGCUGAACACUGACAAGCUUAACGAUGGAGAGUUAUGGUGCUUGAGAUAAAACUGGCAAGAUAAACGGAAUAAUUUCAUGUUUUAAGAACUGGGAAGUUAACAGGAAGGUUGAGUGUACAGUGUACAACCUGUUGAUAAAAAAAUGUGGGCUUAACACAAAAUGUGUUAUCAAGAUGGCCAAUGUCCACUACAAAUACCAAACAGGAUGGAUGGGAGACUGCCUCUCCCGUCCACAUCACUCUGUCGGAGGCAGUUCAAAGAGACAUCGGAGGUUAAACAACAGGUUUCCUCUGACUCCAUACUGGCCAGUGAAAAAUGGACGGUCUUUAAAAAGUGGGAUAUUGAAACACCCUUCAUUCUCUGGCCAUCCCUGGUCAGUAAAAAAACAGUGGACUUUAACAAGCUGGCCACACACAUGGCCCUGGUGGAUAUUGACCAUGUUGUGCUGCUUGACCUUAACGACUGGGGUCCCUUUGGCCACUGUGGGCAGUGGUCAAACAAAGUUCAGCACAGUGGAAAAAGUGACCAGUUUGGACAAUGUCCAGAUGAGAGCAGAGAAUCUGUCAAAAAUUAUGGAUUUAUUUUACCAAAGGUUAAGUGGAAGGAAGGGCGAAUUGAAAGGAGAAAAAGAAAGCUCAAAUCCCAUGAUGGUGCUAAACAAUUUUAAAAUAGACACUCAAUUUCACAAAAUGCCCAUAAGAAAUCCCACAAGAAGGAUGUCUAUCACGUCAAAUCCAAGGAGUCUUCACCUAAUCCAGAUCUCAAAAUAUUUCUCAAAUCGCUUAUCCAAUCUGCCAGAAGAUCAAACAGACUCUAAAACCAACUACUUUCUCAAAAGGUCAUUCAGAGGGAGAGGUCAAGGACAUGGUCGGACACACCCCCAGUUUCUGUCAUCUGCUCUAAACUGGGACAUAUGGCAUAUGACAAUGGAUUCCACAGACCACAGGGGUCAAACACCAGGUAGCAAAUUAAAUCUUGUUAAAGGCCAGCACCCCGCAGUUCACAGGGAUACUAACAAGGGGCUAGUGUCUGGUCAGCUUCAACACCCUGAAUUUCACAGCAAAAUCUUAACAGGUGCUACUACAAGUCAUGUGGAUUAUGACAGACAAUUAGGGUCACCAAUUCACCCUGAGGAUCAAAGUUUAAUCAGAACAGGUGCUACAGCAGGUGCUCUAACACAAAAACAAUUCAAGACUUCUGUUUACCAUGACCCACAGGGUGCAUAUUCAAAUGGCCCGAGGGGGACUGUUUCUUAUGAUAAAAUGCUGACUUAUAAUGGGCAUAAAAACAGUGUCCAUGAAGAUACAAGGGCAGAUAUUCAAGGUGUUAUUAUUGAUGAUCUGUCUGAUAUGAAAGAUAUGAACAGUGUGAAGCACAGGGUGACAUCUGCCAAUGAGAAUUCCGACACUCCCACAGCUUUAGUUUCACAGAGAGAGCACAAUGGCCUCUUCAGAGGCCCAGUUACUCUAUCAGAAAACCAUGCUGAGAAAAAUACAGACUCUGUCUCAAAUACUCGCAGCAACCCGUCUCCACUAAAGAGAAACUUUCAAUUACGUCCAUCUUUGAUUGCCAGGCCUCUUGUUCCGCACCGCAUGACCUCUGACCCCGACAGACGGAAGGGCGAUAUACUGGAGAUGCUCUCUCAACCCCGCAGCUGGCAAAAUUGGGCAAAGCUUAACGAGCUCAUCAGUAUCAAUAGCAGGCACAUGUCUAGGUUCAGCAGAGUCUCUAAUCAGCAAGAACAGCAAAGAUCUCAAUUGGAAACACCUGCACCUGAUCGUGGAACAAAACUUUCCUCUCAUUCUUCCAAUCUUCACAAAACACACAGAACUAAAAGGGGCAUUUUUUCCAACCUGGAUCUGGGACUCGUCAGACUUAAGAAAAGAGAUGGGAAAGAUAUUGAUCCCGAUCCUCAAACCACACAGCCACCAACAUCUCUGCAAUCCUCCACGUUAAAUAGUCUCAGUGGGACAGCAGAGAAUGACAUGAAAACUUCCAAUAAUAUUGACCCGACCAUAACAAUCCCAGGCUAUGUACUCAGUGCAAGUUCAGGUCGGCCGGGGACAAAAGAAAAAGAAAACACGCCAUCUACAGCAGGGGGUGCCACAACAAUGGACGCUUCUUCCACAGCUGAUUUAAAGUCAAUGAGUGAGGAGGAAGAGGUUGAAGAUGUGCCUCAGGGUAGAGACCCCAGGGACAUGUCCUUUCCUCCUGGGUAUGAACCCCCGGGGAAUGUGACCAGCACCCAGGGGUCCCUCCUAUCCCCACCCCCUCCACCUAGGGCCCUGCCCCUAACAAUGGACAAGGUCCCUAAUGCCACAACAUUGCCAGACUCACAAACAGUAAAAUCAUCAACAGUGACAGUACAGAGUACAACAUUAACAACAACAACAACAAGCACAGUGACGACAAUGCCAAUGAAAACAAUGAAAGAAAUGCAGGGUGACAGCAUUGAAAAUUCUGCCAUUGAUAAACAGACAGUUGUCAGAACUACACUAGGACCUACUUCACUGGAGGCAACCACAACACCAGGGCCAAUUUUGACCCCUGCCUCAACUGUAACUGAGCCUUCUGUGACCUCUGACCAGGUCAUGACCCCUGACCCAGCUAUGACCUCUGACCCAAAUUCAGUUACAGAUACACAGAGUACUGGUAGCUCUCAAUAUUCUACAACUGUUUCAAGUCUCACCACCACUACAAACUCUGAUAUCCCCACAAAGUACUUGCCACAAGGGGAGUCAGGUACCACAGAAAAUCAGGCAGUUGAAAAUACUGGCAAAAAGAUCACAACAACUGCAUCAGCCACCUCUUCAACAGGAGUUGCCAUGACAACCAUGGGAGAUGGCUUAAAAGAGAACACUAGUGCAACCACCUCUACUACAACUACAACUGUUGCUGACCCCAUAGCCACAGAAUCCAUGAAUCCUGAUAACAAGGGUUAUAUUACUACAAUUACAAUGUCAACCUCACAAGGUGCUCAUGAAGAGGUCACAACCACCCCUGCUCCAACUACCAGUACAGUGAUUCCUAGCACUUCAACAUCUGACCAAAACUCCUUCACAACAGAAGGACUUGAUGUGGAUACUACAAUAGCAGCAGCCAUUGAGUCGCCAUCAACAACAACAACAAGCCCAAUCACUGAUGGGGGUAGUGUUACCACAAUAGCAGUCCCUAUAGUAACAGAGUUUUCUUCAGACCUCGUUAAUACCACAGCAGCUAUGGACAUUACCACUUUUCCCUCAGCUAACAAUAACAAUACCACUGUCACUGAUACUCUUAUAACAGUAACAACUGAGGUCAGCCCUGUUUCAACUGAAACCUAUGUAACCACGACAACAGAGACUGCCAUCUCUACUAUAGGUGGCUCUGGUGAUACCAUGACGACCCAGGAGAUGACCUCUGGUGAUAUUUCUGUUAAUUCCACCACAGAGGGCACAUCAGAGGUGGUCACCACGACACCGGCACCUGGUAUUGCAACACAAACAGCAUCCAUUGGGAUAAAUGCAACCCAGAAUUAUGACGAUACAGAAACUAUUACUGUUAAUGUUACUGCUACUGCUACAGACAAUGUUACUACAGUGUCUCCACUGUAUAUGAGUACUAGCAGUGACAGUAGCAGUACAAUGGUGCCAAGUCCCAGUGUGACUGGUGCAAACAACGUCUCAUCAUCUGUUGGAUCAACAGAGAUUGUAAAUACAACUAGUGGUGUUAUUACUGACAAUGUAACUGCCGAACCAAUGAUGACGUCAACAGCAACAAUAUUACAUGUUACAAAUGAAACUGUUUCAAUAAACAGUACUACUGAGGAGACAUCCAGUUUAGUUACUGAUAUGACUACAAUGUCAUUUACUGCCAGCACGCCAUCUACAGUUGAAGUAAGUGAUAAUGUCACCAGAGCAUCAAAUGACUCUCUGGGCCCUGACGUAGCAGUGACAUCUCCCACAGUGCCAAAGACAAUGUCAACUUCUGGGAUCACGUCUGCAGUGACAGACUUUUCAGUAACUGAAUCUCAAACAAACACUGCUUUAAAAACAACAGCAACGACAGCAACAAUCAGUACGACAGUAACAUCACCAACAACUACAGUAUCAUCAACAAUACCUUCUACAGUGCCAAUUGUUGAAUCAUCAACAACAUCAUCCAUUCUUACAAGUACAGUAGCAAGUACAAUUAACAAUAACAGUGCCAUUAUAACAACCAGACCUGCUGUUGCCAGUACAACAACAACGACAGCAGCAACAAGGUUGACAACCACCAGUACAACUUACAGAACUACCAGUUCCACCAAAGCCAUGGUAACCAAGGGCACAUCUCCAUGGCAACCUCCAGUCACCGUGGACACCACACCAACAACUGUUAACAACCGGACCAAUGAAACUGCAGUUGAAGUGGCGUCUGCGGGACUGUCACCUAGUCAAAUCACGGGCAUUGCUACAGGAUCUAUUAUCGGUUUCUGGCUCAUUCUAGGUCCAGCUAUUUGCAUAAUGUGUAAGAUUCGCGACAGGCGACGUGAGGAGAGAGAAAAGUCACGUCAAAUAGACAACGACACCAGCACGUUUUUUGAGGAAAUGGUUUUUAUGGAGCUCGCACGUGCUCGCGCUAAGAAAUAUAAUACAGAUAUCGAGGAUGAGGGGGAGGUGGAGAAACUGACCUGGAAUCACCGAGUAGACUCUAAAGGAGUGAUGACCUCGGAAUUAUGAUGA